AUGUCCACCCCACAGCAGUACCCUGGCGGACUAGGCGACCUCGUCGACGGCGCGGUGCUGCAGGUCGACGGCGACGGCAACCUCUGGCUUGUCGCCCUGACGUGCGAGCCGGCGCAGCUGAGGGAGUACGUGAUGGGCUCGGCGGGCGGAGAUCCGGUGCUGCUGGCCGUGUACGAGCUGCGCGGCUUCCGCGAGCCGGAAGGCGCGCGUCCUUUGUCUGACAGCGACCUGUCCAUUGUGAGCGGACAUUUGGUCGAAGUCGAGCUAUCGGCGCCGCUGCUCGGAGGCGGCGGCGGCGGCGGAGGAGGAGGAUUAGGAGGAGGAGGCGGCGGCGGCGGCGGAGGCGGACGCGGAGGAGCAGCAGCAGCAGGAGGAGGAGGAGGAGGAGGAGGAGGAGGCGCCGGCUGGAUCAGCACCGGCUUCGGCCUCGGAUCGCCCAUCCCAGGCAUGGCCGGCGUGAUGCCGGGCAGUGGCGUGCUGGGCGUAGCGUAUGUCGCGGCGAUACUCCCCUCGUUCUGUACCGCUAAUCCCUCCGCGCGCGCGAAGCUUCUCGGAACUUUCCUACAGGCGACGCCGACGCGGCCGUCGGCCUACCACUUCGUCUCCGAUGCCGCAGGGGCCAACAACGCGAGGAUCGAGGACCUGGCGGGCAUCACCUACGCGCCUGACGCCGACCCGGACGCCGACGGCAGACUCGUCCUUCUGAGCGCGAAUUAG